CUCAGUGAUUCAAGUGAUUUGGAUUCACCUUUACCUCUUCGUAUGAGGUUGGGUGUGAUCAACCCCUUCCAAAGAUCAAGUCUUAAACAACCUGAGGAGAUAAAGAAGAAGGCAGCAUCUGUGCCUUUCCCAAAUACUGCACCUAGUAUCCAGACAGAAAUCACAAAUGGUCAAAAUAAAGUUAAUCCUACAUCCAUAAACAAUCAAGACUGGGAACUUGAUGAUGAUGUUGAUCUGUUUUUUAUAAAUGAAGCACAAGUUGGAAACAUACAGUCUGAAUUCUCAGAGAAGACAGAUAAUGUAAAAACUCCAACACAGCAAACAGUAAGGAGACAGAAAAAUUUGAAAAAAGCUGGCAAAAUACCAUCCCCAUUUACCCCGAUGGCACCAUAUGAUGACAUGGCAACACCUGACCUAAAGAAAGCUGUGUCGAGAAUUGGAGUGCGUCCACUUGGCAAAAAAAGAAUGAGGGAGUUUCUCAAACGUGUCUAUCAUGAAACCCAUCAGUAUGAAACUGAUAGCGACUAUGACGGAACUCCUGUGAAACGCAAACGAAGCUGCUCCCAACCUUUACAGCUGAGCCCAAAGGCCAUGUUGUCACAUCUUCCCAUCAAAGCAGCGGGAAGAUCCUACACUCACACAAACAGCCAGCCCACAAGCAAAGCCAAAUCUAAUAAACUGAACCCAAAUGAGAAGAAGGACAAAGGAGUAGCUGGGGUUAAGCACAGGUUAACAAGCUUGCCGGAGAAAAGUAGGUCGCAUCCUCAGGUGCCGGAAAGGAGAAUUCUGGGGAAGGAUGCUUUGAUUGGUGAUGAUUGUGCGUUAGCACUAGAGGAUGUUGACGUGGACCGGGAGGAAAUCUCAGGAUCCCAGGAUUCAAGUUUCAGCGAGGGGCCUGAUCUUCCAGAGGAAAGUAUCCUGCAGGGCUGGCCAGAGGAGGAGUUCCUGCCAUCGAAUCAGAUGCAGUCAAAUCAGCAGACAGUAACUGAAAGAUUACUUCAGUUUGUGCAAAGUAACCCAGAUAUUUACGAGAGCAUUCUUAUGUAUGAGCCACUGGAGCUGGACGUCUUGAAGAAAAGGAUCGCUGAAUCUGGUAUCAAAGUCAGCAUGGCUCAUCUCAUGGACUUUCUGGAUGACAGGUAUGUAACUUUCACCAUGAAAAACAUGGGCACCAGGAACAACAACCGACAGAGGAGAGCCCGGAAGUCAGGGAAAUCCCCCAUCAAGAGCAAGGCUUUAUCUCAACGUUAG